GAGCGGCUGCGUCUGUCUUCGCUGUACUUUUGUUACCCUCCGUUUGGUCCAGUUUCUACUUAAGGAUACAACAACUGGCAUUUUGUCUUUUAUUUUUCUACGGUGAAACCCGGGUCGUUUCAAAAUUUACCUCCUGGUCCAGUACUCCAUUGGUAGCAGGCACCGGGAUUUCUCACCGUGCACAAACCCUUUUGCCUAGCCACGAUAGAACUACCGUUGAUUGUAGUUAGGACACUGUGUACAACUGUCUGAAGUAAGUGGUCAGGUUCCAGAAGUCCUGCUGCCCUCCGUGCGUGUGUGAAACGUGUUUCAAACGAUAUGAGUGCCACAACAGGUAAUGUGAGGCAGCGCGCCAAUAGUAUCCGCAAAAAGGAUCCCGCAGAAGUUCCACCCCUUUAUCAGAGAAUCCUUACAGCCAAUUCAGACUGGCCGGAUAAGGAAGAAUUUUUAGACGUUAUCUUCUGGCUUCGGCAGUUGUUCGCUGUCAUAAUAGGUAUCAUCUGGGGCGUUCUUCCACUCAAGGGAAUUAUCGGGAUUGUCCUCUUCUGCAUGGUGAACACAGCGCUUGUAUACAUCUACGCAUCGUACUUUCAGCAAGUGGAUGAAGAAGACUUCGGCGAUUCGUGGGAGUUCGCUAAGGAAGGAUUUAUGACUACGUUUGCUGGAUUUCUCGUUUCAUGGAUUAUAGUCUACACCGGUCUUCAUGCAGAUGACCCAAGUUUAGCAUAAUAUUCUAUAUAGUCAUUACUCUGUCAAAUAGAUAUAAAAAAUCGUACUUUCUUAUUCUGAUAUUUGGUGUAUAUGUCGUCACUGAGAACAAUAAUAUUAUUGUUUAACAACGAUAAAAUAUUACAUUUUUUCCUUGCCGAAUUUUUACGUCAUUGCUAUUUGCAUCCAGCUGAAAAUGACUAACUUAGUAAACUGCAAAAAGUAGGUAUCUUUCUUGUAGUUCGAUAAUUUUAAACGUCGAAAAGGUUUAUAAGAACGAAUGAGGUUUAAGCAUGUGUUUUUUUUUUCGUGGUACAAUCUUAUUUGUCAUAUUUUGCGAGAAUGCGUGGAAGAUCUCUGACAAAGCGCGUAUACUUAUAAGUAGCUGCUGCACGAGUUCAAUUCAAAAAGGCCAGGGGAUUGGAUAUUGACGACGACGACGACGACUAUCACCAGUCUUGCCCAUAAGAUUUACCCAUAUUUUCUACGUUAGUACUUGCUCAGACCACAUUUCACACCUUCAACAAUAUUCAAUGGGAUGUAAUGUGAGCAACUGUCCUGGAACGACCUUGUGAAGAGAAUAUCUGCAUCGAAUACAUGGAUAAAGCAAAUAUUAGAACGUCUGUGACGCCGCGAAAAAUUCUAGCAAAGAAAGAAAAUUUUUUUCUAGGAAAAUUUUUACACAAAUAUGGACAAGAGUAUUAAUGGAAUCAUAACAGUGGAUCUAUAUAACACCAUGAAUAUUUCCAGUAAGUUGCAAUGAACUAGUGGGAAGGUAAAGUUCUUCAUAAUAAGGGCUAAUAAAAUAAAUAUAGGAUAGGGGGUGUACUGUGAAGAGAAAAGUGACGUACAACGAAUGGAACGACAACUGAUGGGUUAAAGUUGGCAGGUGGGCCAAACAGCAAAAUAGAGGGGUGUUAAAACUCUGCCGACGUUGUGUCGAGGCAAAUGUAAUAUAAGCGACCCAAAAUAUCGUAAUAGAACUAUAUUAAAGUGCUGCAUGUCAUUAUAAUAUAAUGUAAUAAACGUAUUGGGGUUUUUAAAGAUUUC